AUGGCAUCGCAAUACGGUGUUGGCUACAGGGAAAUGGCUUUAGGUGAAUAUAGCAGCAAUGACAGUAAUAACCACUACGAGGAGCAUGAAUGGAACUUAGCUCUUGCAUUUUUUUACUCUUUGACCGUCUUAACUACCAUCGGUUACGGAAACAUUGCACCAAGGACUAUACUUGGAAAGAGCGUAACAAUUUUAUAUGCAAUAAUUGGAAUCCCGCUUACUCUUGUCUAUCUUUCAAGCGUUGGCUCACUUUUAUCGAAGAUGGCAAGAAUUGAUACAAAUUUGGAGUUUCCUCCUCCACCACCAGAAGAAGAAAUCGUAGCAAUAGUAACAAAGAAGGAGCCACAAGGAAGUUUCGGCAACAUGGUCGCAUACAAUGCAUUACCAGAAAUGCUUGACCAUGUAAAUAAC